AUGAUAGCGGAAAGAUUCAGAACCAGCGAUAAGAACACCUUCGGUGAGUAUACUGCCCACAGUCGUUGGCCCAUCCUUGUCCAGAAUGCUGUAGAUGACAUUGGUGAAGAGUUGAAGAAUCACAGCGGGGAGUCUAAGAAGCAAGGUGAGAUCAUCGAAGCUCAAUUGAAGGAACUGCUCGAGGAAGUCAAGAACAAUUCAAAAUUAAGACCUUUCACACAGCAAGAGACUGCAAUUGCCGGCGUGCCCGCUAGUUUUAACGAACAUUUAACCGACACGCGCAAUGAGGGAGUUACGUGGUUUGAUGCCGAAUGGUUAUUUGCCGAAAUUUACAUGUACCGUCGUAUCAAUGUUUUAUUCAGGUCUCAACCACUGUGGGCUAAAUUCGAUAUCUUCGACAGGGUUAAGCAGGCGACAUUCCAUUCGUCAUUCCACGGUGUCGUAGAACUGGCACUGCGUUAUAAAACGCUAAGUGCUCAAUUACGUCAGAAUGGCGGGGACAGCGAAGCGCUACAAAUUCUGUUCAAGGAAUUUAUCGACAUUUCCCUUUGGGGUAAUGCGACUGAUCUUUCGCUUUUGACCAAUGCCACUUUAGAAGACAUCAAAUCUAUCCAAGGUGCACAGGCCAGGAAAAAUGCCGAAUCCAAGAUCAUCGUUGAUGACACCACCAAGGCAUGGCAAGUUUUGCAGAAGAGCGGACCGGAUGCGCGUGUAGAUUUCGUUCUCGACAAUUCAGGAUUUGAACUGUAUGCAGAUCUGGUGCUUGCCGCAUUUUUGAUCAAUUCCAAAUUGGCCAAGCAAUGCGUUUUCCACGGUAAGGAUAUUCCAUAUAUGGUCAGUGAUGCUCUCUACAAAGAUCUGCUCGCGCUUCUAGACAAUAUGAAAGAUACCAAGUUUUUCCCCGCAGAGGAUAGCGCAUCUAGAGAAGCCCUCAACGGGUUCGCUCAAGACAUUGAAAAAUUUCUUGCCAAUGGCCAAUUGCAAUUCCGUGCAAAUCCAUUUUGGACCACGGAACUAGAUUACUGGAACAUCGAUCCCUCAGAAACCAAAUACGGUGGUGCUGAAGUCCACAAGGAUUUAUCGGAGUCUGAUUUGGUGAUCUUCAAAGGUGACUUGAAUUACAGAAAAUUGACAGGUGACAGAAAAUGGCCUCGCACUACAGCAUGGUCAGAGGCAAUUGGUCCCUUGGCCAAUAACGGUAUUACUCUGUUGAGUUUGAGAACUUGCAAGGCGGACGUCCAAGUCGGGUUAUCACAAGGUCUUGACGAAAAAUUAUCGCAAGAAUGGGAGAAAGACCACCCAGGCAAAGGCUCAUGGUGGACCAGCAGUGGUAAGUGGGCAGUCAUAUCUUUCAAUUCCUCUUCUCAUUAA